GAGGGGAUGGGGAAUGCUGGGAGCACAGCAUGCAUCUGAUGGGCAGCUCAUCUUCCAUCCCAACCUCGGUGGAGCAGGGCCAGACAGGCAACCCUCCCCCUGAGCUGCAGCCACAUCUGCCCACACUCAACAUCUGGAGACUCCAUCUAAUCCCACGCUCCUUCUUCACCCCCCUGCACCAGGCUCUGCUCAGGGAUGGAGCUCCUUAUCCCCCACCCUUAUCCUCCUCCAGGCGCUCCGGAUCCGGCCCCUGUCCUCAAGUGCCCUCCUCAGCGUGAGAACACCCCUCGCUGUGGUGGUACUGUGCCAGGGCAGGGCACUCUGACGCAAAAGGGGCAGAUGGGCUGAGCACCCCCUGCUCGGCCACAGCCUCCCUACCCUGGAGAGCCCCGGCCAACACCAUGGCCAUCCUGCCCUGCUGCACGCACUCCUGUCCUUUGUGCCUGUGCAAUGCCUGUGCACACAGCAUCCUUCUUGCACCGAGCUGCCAGGUGCCAUGCUGCCAGCACCGGGGCUGGGAGCAAGCGUGAAAUGCUCGUCAGCCUCGUUGAGUUUGCGCUUCACUUAGCAGCUUAACACCAAAGCCGCAAUAACGUGGACGCCAGCACUAAUCCCAUCAGCUCAGACAGCUACUCGAUAACUGGGAACUGGCUAAUAUUCCCUCGCGUGGCUCCAGCCUGAGCAGGGCACGCAACUGCCACACGCUGAAGGUCACAGCAUCGCUUGGUGAUGUCUCCUGGAGGGGUGGCCCAGGUGCUUCACAAACAGACUGAACUCCCAUUCCCAUCCCAUCCUAUCCCACCCCAAACCACACCCCCAUCCCCAUCCCCACCGCCAUCCCCAUCCCAUCCCAUUUCUGCUGCCCUGUGCCGUUGCAAAGCCCUGCACGAGCCAUCGGGGUGCGCGAGGGGCCAGCGAGUGCCGGCACCGGGCACUCGUGCAGCACACGCAGUGUCUUGGCUGCAAAGGCUGGGAAAAGGGCAGGCAGUUCCUGCCGGCAGCCCGAUGCCAUGGUGAUGGGAGGGCGAGGGCUGCUGCCGCCAUGAAUACCCAUGAGCUGGGGGAGCGGGGAGGCUGCACGCGCUGUGCCCUGAAUGCAAAAACCCCAGUGUGUUCCCGCAGCACAAAGGGCUGUGGCUGCACACGGGGCCGGCACGGUCCGAUGGCACUGAGCGGCAGUGACCCCACGUCGUGCCCGGGGCUCACUGGGGCACGACGCCUUGGGAUGUGGGGCUGGGGGCCGGGGUGGGAUGGAUCGGGGCUGGAAGCUGUUCCCUUGGUAACGGCGGGUCCCAGUUUCCACCAAUCGAUGUGGCGGCGCGGGCUGGGGGGGCUCGUGGCCUACAUAAGCGCCCGUCGGGCACCGCGCGCCCCGUGCCGAGCCGCGCUGCCGGCAGAUGCGAAGCGAUGGUGAGGCUGACGGGCACCCGGCCCCCAGCUGCCCGCCGCUGGGGCUGCGCUGCCACUGCUUUCCUCCUCCUCCUCCUCACUGUGCAAGCCGCCCAGAAAGCUGACCUCGGCGGCGAUGCCACUGUGGCCACCAUCAACCACUCACUGACGCUGCUGCAGCGGCUGCAGGAGCUGCUGCAGAAUGGCAACAGCAGCGACUCAGUGCUGCGGGUGCGCACGGCCGCCUCCGAUGAGGCCAAGGUCUUCCACACACACCAACUGCUGCUCAGCCUCCAGAGCGAGGUCUUCGAGGCGCUCCUGCGCAACCAGAGUGUUGUCACCCUGCACGAGCCGCCUGAAACUGCCGCGCUCUUUGAGAAGUUCAUCAGGUACCUGUACUGCGGGGGGGUGUCCCUCCUGCUGCACCAAGCCAUCCCCCUGCACCAGCUGGCCAGCAAGUACCGAGUGUGGGGGCUGCAGCGCGGCGUGGCCGACUACAUGAGGAGCCACCUGGCCAGCGAGUCGAGCCAGGGCCACGUGGUGGGCUGGUACCACUACGCCGCGCGCAUCGGGGACGCGGCGCUGCAGGAGAGCUGCCUGCAGUUCCUGGCCUGGAACCUAUCGUCCGUGCUCGGCAGCGCCGAGUGGGCUUCGGUCAGCGUGGAGCUGCUGCUGCUGCUGCUGGAGCGCUCCGACCUGGUGCUGCACAGCGAGCUGGAGCUCUACACCGCUGUGGAGGGCUGGCUGGCCCGGCAGCAGCCCGAGGACGCUGUGGCCGAGCGGGUGCUCCGUGCCAUCCGUUACCCCAUGAUCGCACCCAGCCAGCUGUUCCGGCUGCAGGCGCAGUCGGCGGUGCUGGCGCGGCACUACGGCGCGGUGCAGGAUCUGCUCUUCCAGGCCUUCCAGUUCCACGCCGCGUCCCCUCUGCACUUCGCCAAGUACUUCGACGUCAACUGCAGCAUGUUCCUGCCCCGCAACUACCUCGCGCCCAGCUGGGGCUCCCAGUGGGUCAUCAACAACCCGGCGCGGGACGACCGCAGCACCAGCUUCCAGACCCAGCUGGGGCCCAGCAGCCACGACGCCGGCAAGCGGGUGACCUGGAACGUGCUCUUCUCGCCGCGCUGGCUGCCCGUCAGCCUGCGCCCCGUCUACUCGGACUCGGUGUCCAGCGCCAUCCAACCGGUGCGCAUCGAGGACGGCCGCCCGCGCCUCGUCGUCACGCCGGCCACCAGCAGCCCCGACUUCGCCGGUGUCAGCUUCCAGAAGACGGUGCUGGUGGGCGUGCGGCAGCAGGGCCGCAUCUUCGUCAAGCACGCCUACAGCUUCCACCAGAGCUCGGAUGAGACGGCCGACUUCCUCGCCCACGCCGACCUGCAGAAGCGCACCUCCGAGUACCUCAUCGACAACGCCCUGCACCUGCACAUCAUCAUCAAGCCCGUCUACCACUCCCUCAUCAAGGUGAAGAAGUAGGGGGGCUGUGGGCGUGGGGCUCUGCCUCCUCGUCCUCUCUUUGUAGGUAGAUGGGGGUCCCUCUGCUGCCCGCCCCCCCCCCCCGCUGUCCCCAUCGCUGUCCCUGGGUGCCUGCGGGGAGCACCAGGAAUGCAUAACCAUGAGGUGUGGGGACAGGGACAGCUCCUGCAGUGCCACUCCUGCACCCAUGUGGCUGCAGCUUGGGGUGUGGUGGGAUGGGGGUCCGGCUGCCUCCCCCAGCAGAGGACAUUUGCAGACCGCAGCGCCUUGUCCUUGCCUGGGUGUCCUUCACCUCCUUCCUAAUAAAAGCAGAAAAUGAG